AUGGGCAGUAGCUUGGGAAAAAGUGGCGGCGGGGUCGUGAAGAAGACGAAAGUUAGGUUGAAACAUUUCAUGACGCCGAUCGCGCCAAAAGGUAUUUUUACACGACGACGGUCGUUGUUUUGUGUCGUGUGAUUGCUAUUCAAUUCCUUUUUUCUUCUUUCUCCGCUUGUGCAGCGUGCUCUGCACAACUAUCGUUGCAACGUAAUCUGUCAGUGUCAACAUGCGCAAGUAGAUGAUAUCAAAUCCAAACAGAAACAAUAAUAUUCUUAUCAAAAAGCUUCCCACUUCACAGGCUCGAGUUCCUUUCGUAACUCUCCCUUCCAAAACCGGCGCUACAGCACGCAGCGCCGUUAUCACAUGCAAAAAUGUCUGGGUCUGGAAGAUUCUGCGACCUGUCAUGCACGCUUUGCAUGACCCAGAAUGUCUGUAAUGCACGACCUAGCAUCACAGAUUUUUGGAGGGUUUCCUGAUGCCUACUACGCAUGACAAACGCCCUCCCCGCGUAGCACAAACUAGACUCCUCUUGCUGCUCAUGCAAUGCAGAUUUUUUUAGAGACCAAAGUUAGCAUCACAAGUUCCGACCUUCCAGACCCAGACACUUUUGCAUUUGAUAGCCGUAGGAGGUCCUCCGCGUUUUUCUUCUCGACCAGCUCGCUGAAAAAGCUGGAGCGCGAACUAUGACAAUGCACAACUCCUUCUCAUUUGUCAUGCCAAUUAGCAAGUCCAUCCUUUUCCUUUUGGCGCUGCUUGCAUGACAGAUUCCGGAAGCCGAAACAGCACUAGAAUCGGUCGCGGCGAAUUUUUCAUGCAAAGUCUGCAUUUAUGCCAGGACUUGUGUUGCUGUUUAUGCCCUUCAAAAAAUGAGGGGGAUGGGGGGGUUGUGCACUCUCAUAGGAACACGAGGAAGCGCAGAAACGGGAAGAGGAGCAUAUAACUUGCUCAGGUGUUACAAUCUCAAACGUUACAAUAGAAUAUGGAAAUCUGUGAUGCAGGAAGUGCAUGACUUACCGUAGUCCCAUAGGUUUGCGCAUGACAAGUUUCGGCACCCAACACCACAUUGAUAUCCAGCGAAAUUUGUAUUGCGAAAGGCGCAACUCUACAUACGUUUCUCAUGCUCUUCAUGCAAGACAAAAUCCAGACUCUAUUGUAACGUUUGAGAUUGUAACGUUUGAGCAGGUCAUAGAGCAGCAAAAGCGGGCUUCGUGGCGACGCAAGCGGAAUUGGUUUGUGCGGCGCAGUAUCCUGUGCAAAAGUAUUGUACUCGUAGUAAUCGCAAACACGCAUUGCAAAUCUUGUUCUCAAGCUGAAUCCGCAUUACAAAUUUUAUUUCUCAUGCUGAGGAAAUCUGUAAUGCAUUUAUACGAGUGCGAUACUUUUGCACAGGAUACGCAGGACGGAAAGGUUGCUGCUGAAGCAGAAACUGGAGGGAGGUGAGCGGAAUAGGAACGGAGAAGAUAUUUUGAAUCAUGGCAUUAACGAUACGACGCUCAUAUCCUCAGCAAAAACGUCCCCACCCCAGAGCUGUAAUGCAAAUACGCAAUGACAGGAACGUUUGUAAUGCGCAUCCCCAUGAUGAGAGGCAUUUUCAAUUCUGAUUUGGCAUUUGUAAUGCUGUAAACAGAAUCAGAAAUUGGCUCUCUCAUGCGGCUUGCCUUGCUAAGCAACACUAUACUACAGACGGAAACUUGUCAUGCACAACUCCCAAAGCUUGGCGAUUUGUGUUGCAGAUUUACCAAGUUGACUACGAGGUGGAGACGUUUUUGCUCAGGAUAGCUCAACAGGGGAGAUAGUAAUCCUGGCCCGAUCAACAUUGUAUCCAACGAGCAGCAGAUGAAUAAAACCAAUGGAACAUCGAGCGCGGCGACAACCAACAAAACUGCCGGCGCUACUAGUUGGUCGAAGCUGCGGUUUGCAGUGAGCAGCAACGCGAAGAAAGGGGGACCACAGAAUGCAGUAAAAUUAUCAUCGUCUCCCAAAACCAUUUCUACUUCCCCACCCAGAACGUCUAGGAGGACCAAGCGGAUGCAGGAGGAUUUCAACCGCUUAUUUCCAGAGUAUCAUUUACAAAAACGUCCCCACGACCGCAGACUUGUCAUGCAAAGUGGCAUGCCUAAAAUGUUUCUCAUGCGCAGCACCGACAUGAGAGCUUUUUUCUAAUGCUAUCUGGAGGUUUGUGAUGCUGGAUCUGGAACCACAAUGAGGUAGUCGAUUUGCAUAUGUGUCUUCACUGCCUCAAAUAGCACUACACUACGAGUCCAAAUUUGUCAUGCGAAACGGCAAAAGCUUCUAGGUUUGUGUUGCGAAAUCCCCAUCGCGACUCUGGGGGUCGUGGGGACGUUUUUACACAGGAUACAGAGACCGACGAGUUUUCCAUGGAGCGGAGCUUCGUCAUGAAGUGCAUCGCGAAAGAGGUUGACGAUGAGUUUGACACGAUGUUUGGUGCGGGCAGAUCGGCGAAGUCGAUUGUGAUCAAGGACCGCACGACGAAAAUGGUCCAGACCAUGAUCAUAUGGAUUGCAAAAAUGUCUGGGUCUGGAAGGUUGGAACUUGUAAUGCUAGCUUUCCAUACCUAGAAAAUCUGUAUUGCAUUACCAACAAAAGUCGCGACCUCUAAGUACAUGCAAAAACGCAAUUUCUCAUGCGGAUUGCCUAUGAGAGAGCGUUCUGGAAAGUUGUCACGCCGGGUUGCAUUCGGAACUCUUUCCAUCAUCCACAUUCUAGCGUCACAAGUUUCCAGACCCAGACAUUUUUGCAUUUGAUAGAUCAAAAAAGACAUCACGGACAAGCGCAAGGGGCGGAUCAAGCGAAAAGCAGCGGCUUACUCCGAUACGGAACUGAAGUAUCGUACGAAAAAAGUGUUUACUGUAAGGAUUUUGCAAGUUAUUUUGCAUCACAAGCUUGUUCUACAUCACAGAGAAAAUUUGCCAUGCGAGAUUCCUAAGGGAAAACACAUCUAAAAAUCUAGUGUCUUGCGGCCUGUGUAGCAAGACAAACACUUCUCAGAUACAGUUUCUGCAUUACAGUGAAGCAGUUUUUUCUUGCGAUAUGAAGAAGCAAACGGAGCAGGAGGCGUUUCUGGAUUUUAUGAAGACGAAGAGCAUGAAGGAAAGGGAUUGGGAAAAGGAAUUUGGGGAAACCACUGCGAAUAUCAAAUGCAAAAAUGUCUGGGUCUGGAAGAAUGCAAGUUUGUCAUGCAUAUUUUGCUUAACCCAUGAUGCCUGUAAUAUGACCUAGCAUCACAGAUUUUUGACGGGCCUUCUGAUGCGUAUUCCGCAUGCGAAACGCCCACUCCGCGUAGCACGAACUGAACUCCUCUUGCUGGUCAUGCAGGAUUACUGAGGGAGGCGCAAAACAGGAAAGUUAUGAUGCAGAUGGAGAUGCAAUUAUGCACGAUGCGGAAGAAGAGAGUAGCGGGCCGGUGGAGGACGAAGAAGAUGAUCUUCUAGCGGACUGCUGAUCGUCAUAUUAUGCUGUGUGUCUAGCAACAAGAGCCUCAGUAAAACAAGCCAGGCCUAGACGAAAAAAAAUAGAAGAAAAAAAAAUGAUGAACAGUAGAUGACAUGAGAAGCCAAGUGCAGUUCAAAAGCGAAUCAGUAGGAAAGAAGUUUUUUUUGGUGCUUUGAAUAUAGAAGAGAUAGCGGCACAAAAUAAACAUCAUACACACAAAAGGUCGCCGACGCGGGUACGAAGGUGAGUAGUACGACGGAAAAUGCAAACAACGAGAUCAAAGCGUCGUUGUUUCGUGCGGUGGGUGUAGGUGGUCGUUGUCGCCGGUCGUUCUCUCCUGGUCGCUUCUGGGGUGUCGUUUCGGCUGGAGAGUCUUUUUGGAGCGCUUCGGUGAGGGCUCGCAGAGCGGCGGUUCGGAGUGGAGCGUCGGCUUCUCGCACGUCGUGGGUCGCUUUCUGUUUGCUUCUUGGCUCUAGUUUUAGGUGGGGUCCCUUUCCCGGCUUUCAAAAAGGGCAUUUGGUGGACUGCAGGAGAUCCCAGUCCAGUCGCAUAGCGACGUUUUUUUAGUUCUGCUGCAGGAGACCCCAGCAAUCCAUAGGCUCUGCCCCUGUCUCUCGUCUUUGUCUGUUCCUCGUGUUUUGCCUGGUUUACCGCUGGAAACGUGACCGUGCUCUUGGAAUCUCCGGAGUCGACCAGGACAUGCAGCCACUCUAACGGUUCCACUCGGGUCCGACCCCCGUUAGAGCUUGACCCUUUUCCCCCGAGAUCCUACCUGAGGUAGUGGUCGUAAAGGGGAUAUAGUGGUUGAGGGGUAAAUAAGGUCAUGCAAUACAGAUUAUUUUUACCUUCCAAAGACAGCAUCACAAGCUGCAACCUUCCAGAUCCAGACAUAUUUGCGUUCCAUAGCGAAAACUGCCGCGACUCCCGCUUCGAAAACCAACAGUCCCCGAACCAGUGCCCGGGUGCAGGUCCGGCGAGGGGGCGAAACCUAUCAAAUGCAAAAAUGUCUGGGUCUGGAAGGAUGCAACUUCUGAUGCUGUCUUCGGAUUCUAAAAAAAUCUGUGUUGCAUGACUAGCAAGAGGAUUCGAUUUUGUGCUACACGGAGAGGGCAUUUGUCAUGCAGGAUACGCAUCAGAAAGCCCUCACAAAUUUGUGAUGCUAGGGCAGGCAUCACAGACAUCAUGGGUCAUGCAAAAUGUGCAUGACAAAUCUUGCACUCUUCCAGACCCAGACAUUUUUGCACUUGAUAAAACCAGUCCGAAAGCGAUGCAAGCGGCGGUCACUUUACUGGAAGAAAAAGGAAACCAGCACAAGCGCUAUCCAAUGCAAAUAUGUCUGGAUAUCUGGAAGGAUGCAAGGUUUGUCAUGCUGGUCUGGCACGACUGAAGAGUUUGUGAUGCGUGUCCAAGACGAGACCUUCUUGCUUGUCAUGCAAAACGCAGUUUGUCAUGCGAAAAGCGCAAGAACACUAAGCCGCGCAAAGAUUUCUCAUGCUUGGCUGUGCAUGACAGAGAGUUCACUACUCACAAAUCAGCAUUACAAGUUUCCAGACCCAGACAUAUUUGCAGUUAAUAAGCGCCGGGGCAAUGACAAUUCCUCUUAUUCAUCAUCCGCCGCUGUAAGUAAAAUGAAACCUGGCAAAGUAGUUGCCAUGCCGGCGGGAAAUAAAAGCCACGGUUGCCAAGACGUGCCGGCGAACAGCAAAGCGGGUGGUCGGGGAAAACAGACGGAGCACAAGAGCGGUCUCGGUAAUAGGUCUCCACCGCCUGCUCCCGCAGACAAACGGUCUAGCCGCCGGUCGCUGCAGAAGCGGCGGUCGUCGGUCGCGGUUUUCUUCCCCGGAUCUAGUAGUACCACUUCGCCCAACGCAACCCCCAACGAAGGGGCGCACGGCCCCGCUGCAGGGAGGCGGUCGGUGUUGACCGGAGAUCAUGGGGGCGGUGGUGCACCUUUUGGAACUACCGGAUAUCAUGUGUGAAAAGGUCCCCACGACGACCCCAGAGUCGAGAUGGGCACUUUGCUACAGAAAGAAACGAGCAAGCUUUGUGUGUUGCGCAUUACAGCAUCCUUGGGCUCGUAGUGUAAUCCUGUUCAUCCUGCAAAACGGCAUGACAAAUGGAUCGCCCCAUCCUGAGUCUAGCAUGACUAAGAACUCCCAGGUAGCAUUUUAGAAAAUGCUGCUCAUGAAGCGGCGCAUGAGAAACGUGUUCAGGCUUGCAGAUUUGCUUGGCAGAUCUGGAUUGGGGACGUUUUUACAUUGGAUAUCGGACUCCCUCUAGCCACGCGGCGGAGCACGCGGGCGUCGAUCCACGACGAAAAAGCGAUGCAGAACGAGUUGCAGCGAAUAUCAUGAGUAAAUAUAACGUCCCCACCCCAGUAGUUUAAAUUUGGUCUUUUCCAGUACAUAAACACCCCAGUAGAGUUGUCAUGCGGAUUUGCAUUUACAGGAAAACUGGUAAUGCGCAUCCCAAUGAGAGGCGUUUUUACAACUAGUCGUGUUGCAUUCUAGACCGUGUUUCGGCAUGUGUAAUGCUGCAGACCGGAUAAGGAGGCGGCUUUCUUCUAGUGCGGCUGUCCUUGCCAAUCUGCACUACAAUGCUGGAAGAAACUUGUUUUGCGUGUCGCCCAAAACUUGUGGAUUUGUGUUGCGGAGUUCGUCCCAGCAACUUGAUGACCAUGGGGGUCCCGUUUUUACUCAGGAUAGCGAAAGUUGCCGACUUACCGCGAGAUCGUGAACAAGAAAAAGCGGAUAUCCUAUGUAAAAACGUCCCCACCCCAUAGUUGUCAUGCGAAUCUGCAUGCUCAAAAUGUUUGUCAUGCGGAGCCCCAUGAGAAGCAUUAUCUAGUCGCGCUUUGGAAUUUGUAAUGCUCCAAUCAGCAUAAUGGGCUAGAUCUGUGAUGCAGCUGAUUGAGCUAAGCAGGACUACACUACGGGGCCAAACUUGUCAUGCGCAACCGCCAAAGCUUGUGGAUUUGUGUAGCAGAUUGCCCAUGUUGAGUAUGGGGUGGGGACGUUUGCACUCAGGAUAGCGGAGAAUUUUAAGCUACAUGUACCAUGUGUUUCAGUAUUGGUCCAACAUGAACAGUAUGCAUUGCAAACAUGUCUGGGAGGUCUGGAAGAAUGCAAGUCUGUCAUGCUUGGGCGACAAGACAGAAAGAUCUGUCAUGCUUGGUGCGCUACAGUGGUGCCACUUGUUUGUGAUGCAAAAAGGCCGUUUUUCAUGCGGUUCACGCUAGACAUAGCCGCUCAGAAAUAACCUGGCAUGCGCGGCCCCCUAAAAAUCCAGGUAGUUGCGACGUAUCGUUCGGACAUUAGCAUCACAACUUUCCGGACCCAGACAUAUUUGCAAUGCAUACACAGUGAGCAGCUGUGUGAGAAGCUGCAGAUUGAGUGAUUUGGUGUUGUGCUUGUAUGAUCCAUUCUGAGCUCGUGUAUGAGACAAUAAAACUUUAUAAAAGUGACAGAAAAAGUUGUGUGAGUGAGUUCGUAAGUAAGUAGAAAUGAACGAAACCAAAUAAUUACAAAUAAUGAUGUUUCAAAAUAAGUCGUGAUCGUGAAAAUGUUUCAACAGUAGACCUAGUAACUACGCAAGUAAAAAAUGACACCUCGUUUCAAAAGUUUUACCAGUAGAAAGGACGGAAGUGAAAAUUAUGUCAGGAAAAUUGCAAAUAUGUACCCCCAUAGACACGCUUGUAGGCAGAGGCGGUAAAAAGAUAUUUCUCUCGAUUUUGGAGCUGCGAUUUGUGCUGCUUGAGAAAGUACAUAAGACAGCUCUACAAGAAC